AUGGAAUCACCAAAUGCUCUCAAAUCUAGUCUUCCUCCUCAUCCCCAAUCUAUUGAAGAAAAAUCAGAUAGGGAGAAGAAAAUUGAUGAGUGGCUUCCUGUUAAUGCUGAUAGAAGUGCAAAAUGGUGGUACUCAGCUUUCCACAAUAUCACUGCCAUGGUUGGAGCUGGUGUCCUUGGUCUCCCUUAUGCUAUAUCACAGCUUGGAUGGGGUCCUGGUAUAACUUUACUUAUCAUUUCAUGGAUCAUUACAUUAUACACAUUGUGGCAAAUGGUUGAGAUGCAUGAAAUAGUUCCAGGAAAACGUUUUGAUAGAUACCAUGAAUUAGGUCAACAUGCAUUUGGAGAAAAGUUAGGUCUUUAUAUUGUGGUUCCUCAACAAGUUGUAGUAAUGCUUGGUGGAACUAUUGUCUACAUGGUAACCGGGGGUGCAUCAUUGCAGAAGUUUCAUGAUACAGUGUGUCCAAGCUGCAAAAAGAUUAAAUUAACCUUUUUCAUUAUGAUAUUUGCCUCUGCUCAAUUUAUAUUGUCUCAUCUACCUAGCUUCAACUCCAUUUCUGGUGUAUCUUUGGUUGCAGCAGUCAUGUCUAUUGGUUACUCUACAAUUGCUUGGACGGCUAGCGCUCAUAAGGGAGUACAAAAAAAUGUGCAAUAUACAAAUACAUCUGCAACUACCGCAGACUUAAUCUUUAAUGUAUUUAAUGCAAUAGGCUCUGUUGCAUUUGCUUAUGCUGGACACAGUGUGGUAUUGGAAAUUCAAGCAACAAUUCCAUCAACACCUGAAAAACCAUCUAAGGUUUCAAUGUGGAGAGGAGUUGUUGUUGCCUAUAUCAUUGUUGCUUUGUGCUAUUGGCCUGUUGCUGUUAUUGGUUAUUGGGUGUUUGGUAAUGAGGUUAAGGAUAAUGUUCUCAUCUCUUUAGAGAAACCAACUUGGAUAAUUGCAAUGGCCAACAUGUUUGUUGUUUUCCAUGUAAUUGGAAGCUAUCAGGUUUUUGCAAUGCCAAUGUUUGACAUGCUUGAAAGUGUAUUGGUAAAGAAAUUGAAUUUUAAACCAAGUACCAUCCUUCGUUUUGUUGUUCGUAAUGUAUAUGUGGCAUUUACAGUGUUCAUUGCUAUUACAUUCCCAUUUUUCGGAAAUUUAUUGGGAUUUUUCGGAGGAUUUGCUGUUACUCCAACAACAUAUUUUCUUCCAUGUAUCAUAUGGCUUAAAAUAUAUAAACCUAAAAGAUUCAGUUUAUCUUGGUGUACUAAUUGGAUAUGUAUUGUGAUUGGCCUAUGUAUAAUUAUUUUAGCACCUAUUGGAGCCCUGAGAAAUAUCAUCCGUGAAGCCAAGACUUACAAAUUUUACUCAUAA